AUGUCAUAUGAAAGUGGAGUUGUCAAAACCAUGUCAUGUGAAAGUGGAGUUGUCAAAACCAUGUCAUGUGAAAGUGGAGUUGUCAAAACCAUGUCAUAUGAAAGUGGAGUUGUCAAAACCAUGUCAUGUGAAAGUGGAGUUGUCAAAACCAUGUCAUAUGAAAGUGGAGUUGUCAAAACCAUGUCAUGUGAAAGUGGAGUUGUCAAAACCAUGUCAUAUGAAAGUAGAGUUGUCAAAACCAUGUCAUGUGAAAGUGGAGUUGUCAAAACCAUGUCAUAUGAAAGUGGAGUUGUCAAAACCAUGUCAUGUGAAAGUGGAGUUGUCAAAACCAUGUCAUAUGAAAGUGGAGUUGUCAAAACCAUGUCAUAUGAAAGUGGAGUUGUCAAAACCAUGUCAUGUGAAAACAAUACCUAUAUGUACAUGACCAAGAGUAAUGAAAGAUUUUAA